ACUGACGUAAUGCUUUGAGUCUGAGGUCCUGUCAAGCGAUAACAUUUCUGAUAAAGAACUGAGAUCACUGCAAACUAAUCCUCCUUUUUUCCAUCCAGACUCAGGCGUUUUAAAAUAUUAUACACAGUCACCCUGAUUCCACGUGCACAGGCGAGAUUUGAAAUCGUGUAUCCCCUGUAACAAAAAAAAUGUAUAAUAGCCUACCCCGAGAUCAACAAACAAACAACACAAAGACGGUUCAUGGCUUACGCCAAAGCUCCACCAUCUUUUAGACUGCAAAGACUAUUGCAAUUUAAUCAACAGAGAGAGAAGCUUUGUGAUGUGUGCUGCAGUGGAACCCAGGACUGCUAUGACCUGUGACCUCUGAAGACACACGUGGAAGAAGAGAGACAACUUUUACAAACUUCAGAAAGACCCUGCCGCCAACAACAACAAGACCAAAGAAAAGACAAUGGAAUAAAUGAAUCUUCAGCAUGGAUGUGGAAUUUAGGAUACCUCAGUCAAGAAGCAGGGACCCUGGAUGUUGAUCCUACUCUGAUAAUCUUUCUCCCUGUGGAAUCUGUGCUGAUAAUGCGCUAACCCAAUGCUCAGCAGAGAUAUGGUGAGGAAAAAGAACCCCCCUUUGAGAAGCUUCGGCGGUGAGGAAGAAGGAGAAGGUGAGGCUCUGGCCGCGGAGGCCACCGGGCCAGAUAGUGAGGACAGUGCCGGGAGCCGGGCCUCAGAGCCCAACGGUGCCGACGGGCUGCUGCCGGCCGAACUAGGUCGGGCCCACGUGCCAGUCCCAGACGAGCAGGAGGACUCCUCUUCCUCCCCGGGCUCCGUCUCAGGCUCCAUCAAAGGAGGGAGGGGCGGCGGAGGAGUGGGAACAGUGGCGACAGUAAACACCGACAGGCCUGUCUUUAAUUACCCCAGCCACAAGAAGGGAGGAAAUGUAGCGUCCUUCCCCUGCCACGAGGUGACAGACUCAGAUCUGCCGGCGCUCCCAUCCUGGGCCGGGCCCGACGGGGCUGUGUCUCUGUCUCCUCUCAGAUCAGAACCAGAUGAGGGGGACGGGACACAGACACGCAGCCCGGCGGGGGAGCUGCUGCUGGGGAAGGUCGGGGAGAGAGGAGGGGGAGAAAGGGUGGGUGUCAGGGAGGGGUGGCUGCUGGCCGCCCGAGGGAGGGGUGUCAUCGUCCAGGGCGUCACCAGUAACGGGGAGGACAAGGACACCUCCUACAGCCCCACAGGGGGGACUUCAGUCCACCAGGAUGGGGUGGAGGGCUCUGGAUUCCCCUUGCUACGCCCCCUCCACCCACAUAGGGGGGCAGGCGAGGGGGCCGGGGACAUCACGCCCAGCCCCAUGGGGGCCGAGACAGGGGUAGCCCCACCCUGCUCUCCCAAACUGCAGGACUUCAAGUGCAACAUCUGUGGGUACGGUUACUACGGGAAUGACCCCACGGACCUGGUCAAGCACUAUCGGAAGUACCAUCUGGGCCUGCACAACCGCACACGGCAGGACGCAGAGCUGGACACUAAGAUACUGGCUCUGCACAACAUGGUGGGCUUCUCCUCACAAAGCCAACACGCCAAAGACACUACACGGCCCCCGUCCUACACCGCCCUGACCGGGGCGCCACAGGACUCUACAGGGUCACCACGCAUGUUACUUAACGGCACCUAUGACGUACAGGUGACGCUGGGAGAUACCUUCAUCGGCAUCGGGAGGAAGACUCCGGACUGUCAGGGAAACACCAAGUACUUUCGCUGCAAGUUCUGUAACUUCACCUACAUGGGAAGCUCCUCAGUGGAGCUGGAGCAACACUUCCUGUCUGCCCACCCCAACAAGAUGAAAUCCCAGCCCCAGCCACUGCCGAAUGACGACAAGCCCUUGGAAGGGAAGGGGAACUAUGUGACACAGGGUGGUGGCGUGGAGGGUGCGGAACCGGGAAAGUGGGAGAACCGGGUGGCGGUCCGUGCGGAGGACGACUCGGUGCCUGGCUACUCCGUCCCCAUCCAUGCCACAGACUCGCCGUGCUGGAUGGGGGCCGAAGGCGGGGCCACAGACUCACCUGGCUGGACGGGGGCCGACGGCGGGGCCACAGACUCACCUGGCUGGACGGGGGCCGACGGCGGCUCCACAGCGGUGGCCUAUUACUGGUGUAAGUACUGCAACUUCAGUUGUGAGUCGCCCAGCUCACAUCGCCUGCUGGAGCAUUAUGAGAGGAGACACAGACAACCUGGAGGAGGAAGAGGGGGGACCAGGGAGGGCAGCCCAGCCAAGAAGGAGCGAAGGAGCAGCAAAUCCAGGGACGGAGAGAGAGACCCCCACAGCCGGAGGAAAGACAAGACAGGAACGAGUGGUUCGAUGGGCGCAACGGACCCGGAGACGGUGGUGACCAGCUACAACUGCCAGUUCUGUGACUUCCGCUACUCCAUGAACCACGGGCCUGAGGUUAUUGUGGUGGCGCCUCUGCUCCGCCACUACCAGCAGGCCCACAGCAUCCACAAAUGCACCAUCAAGCACUGCCCGUUCUGCCCGCGUGGCCUCUGCAGCCCUGAGAAGCACCUGGGGGAGAUCUCCUUCCCAUUUGCUUGCAGGAAGAGCACAUGCUCCCACUGCGUCCUCCUUUUCCUCCAGCUGUCCCCCCAGGGUAGCUCCCCAACUCCCAGGCCCAGCGUCACCCACCUGUGUGACCAGUGUCCCUACGCCACCAGCGACAUCGACCUGCUUCUGCUGCACUACGACAGUGCCCAUGCCACCCAUGGCGUGCUGGAGGUCAAGCCCGAGCAGGAGGGAGCUGAGACGGGGAGGUACUCGGCCCCUAAGGGCCCUCACGGGGAGCACUCAUGCACCAAGUGCCAUUUCAUCACAGAUGUGGAGGAGGAGAUCUUCCGUCACUACAGGAGAGUCCAUGGCUGUUGUCGGUGCCGCCACUGCAGCUUCACCGCCUCCGACACCUUGUCACUGCUGGAUCACUUCAACACGGCCCACUGCAAAGAGACCUCCGCCUCCUCCUCCCAUCCCUCCGCUUCCUCCGUCACCAUCAACGGCUGCUCCGCCACAACCCCCUCCACCCUCAGCAUCAAGGAGGAGAGCAAGGGCGACCUCAAGCUCUACAGUCUGGUUCCCCCAGAGAGCCGCGCUGCCGAGGCAGGGCCCGGGGCCGAAGGGGUGAAGAGCGAGGCCCUGGACGAGAAGGAGGCCCAGGGGUCCAAGGGCUGGAUGGAGGCCAGAGAGGCCCAGGUCCAAGCCCACGCAGCAGGCCUUGUGUGGGUGCCUAAGGAGCGGGCCAGGGACAUCCUGAGGGGUAGUCCGGCCCAGUUCCCCCAGGGCGCCCUGAGUCUACUCAACGCCGUGGCUGCCUCUCAGGAGCACCACCACCAGCAGCAGAAGGGGGUUUCAGUGGUGCUCAGGGACUCCCCGGGCCUGGUGUUCAGUCUGGGGGGGGUCGACACCAAGGCCUUCCUUCCAGGACAGACUCCCAGUGGGGCCGACAAACCUGGGCAUCUGGCGCAGCAGUACUCCUCACCCACCGAUGGCAAGGCCAAGGAGGAGUCCCAGUCACUCUUACGGAGACGUCGAGGCUCGGGGGUGUUCUGUGCCAACUGUCUCACCACUAAGACCUCUCUGUGGAGGAAGAAUGCCAACGGGGGAUAUGUGUGCAACGCCUGUGGCCUCUAUCAGAAGCUCCACUCGACUCCCCGGCCACUGAACAUCAUCAAGCAGAACAACGGCGAGCAGAUCAUCCGCCGGCGCACGCGGAAGCGCCUCAACCCCGACCCUCUGCCCUCCGAACCUGUGGGCUCCAAGCAGCGGAGGGUCAGCAGCGAGGAACGCUUCAACCCCGACCCUCUGCCCUCCGAACCUGUGGGCUCCAAGCCGCGGAGGGUCAGCAGCGAGGAACGCCUCAAUGGCAGUCCCCUGGAGCGCCGGCCAGGAGAGGAUGGGCCAGGCUCAGAAGGAGUGCCCGUCUCUCGUAAAGGGGAGCCUCAGAAUUCCCUGGGCCAGUACGAGGCCUGCGGGUCCUCUGGGUUCAAGGGUCACCCCAGCCCCCGCUCCACCCACUCCUUCCUAGUUAGCCAAACCCUGGAGAUCCACAAGCGAAUGCCUCCUUUGCACAUACACAACAAGAACCCUGCAGAGGGAGAGGCGGAGGGGAACGGGGUGGGCUCGGCUGGGGUCCAUCACACGGGCUUGGAGGGGAAGGGUAGCUUGUCCUCCGAGAGGGGUAGCCCCAUCGAGAAGUACAUGCGUCCCUCCAAACAGGCCAGCUACUCGCCACCGGGCAGCCCCAUCGAGAAGUACCAGUACCCAUUCUUCAGCCUGCCCUUCAUCCACAAUGACCCGCAGAGCGAGUCCGACUGGAUGCGCUUCUGGACUAAGUACAAGAUGUCUGUUCCGGGCAACCCACAGUACCUAGGCCACAUGUCUGGUCUGCCCAACCCUUGCCAAAGCUUUGUGCCUUACCACACCUUUAGCCUGCCCUCACACUUCCCUCUCCCACCCUCCACCAGCCCCGAAAGCGACAUCCCUCUCGACCUGGCCAUCAAACAUUCCAAACGGUCCGCCAACGGCUCCACCGCCUUGCCCACGGUCACGGCGAGGAAGGAGGAUGAGAAGCAUAGAGAGCAGCAGGAGAGAAGAGAGGAGAAAGUAGACGAGGGGGCAUCCCCCCAGCCUUCUCCUCCCCCAGACGUUGCAGCCAAGCCGGAGAGGGUGGACCAGGGCACUCAGGAUGAGCUGACCAGUAAGGAGAGGGUGGACCAGGGCACUCAGGAUGAGCUGACCAGUAAGGAGAGGGUGAACCAGGGCACUCAGGAUGAGCUGACCAGUAAGGAGAGGGUGGACCAGGGCACUCAGGAUGAGCUGACCAGUAAGGAGAGGGUGGACCAGGGCACUCAGGAUGAGCUGACCAGUAAGGAGAGGGUGGACCAGGGCACUCAGGAUGAGCUGACCAGUAAGGAGAGGGUGGACCAGGGCACUCAGGAUGAGCUGACCAGUAAGGAAAGGGUGGACAAGGGCACUCAGGAUGAGCUGACCAGUAAGGAGAGGGUGGACCAGGGCACUCAGAAUGAGCUGACCAGUAAGGAGAGGGUGGACCAGGGCACUCAGGACGAGCUGACCAGUAAGGAGAGGGUGGACCAGGGCACUCAGGAUGAGCUGACCAGUAAGUGUGUCCACUGUGGCAUCCUCUUCCUGGAUGAGGUUAUGCACGCCCUGCACAUGAGCUGCCAUGCUGACGGAGGGCCCUUCCAGUGCAGCAUCUGCCUGCAUGCCUGCGCAGACAAGUACGACUUCACCACACACAUACAGAGAGGGCUUCACCUGCCCACCGUCGAGGCUGAGGCCGAUGCUGAGGCCGAUGCUGAGGCCGAUGCUGGGGCCGAUGCUGAGGCCGAUGCUGCGGCUGAUGCUCCAAAGGAUUGUGUGUGAUUUUGGUGCAUUACAGACUUGGACCUUUAACACAGGCAUAGCAGUAUGAAAAAGAACAAAAUAAACGGACUAAAGCGUACUGUAAUGAUUGAAUGAGAAGAAGACUUUUUGCUCAACGUGCCAUGAUAGCUCCUGUAGGGAACUCAUAUCAUCUAAACAUUUAUAUUGGACAUAAUACAGAACAAGCGAUUGGCUGUUUCCUUUUUCUUCUUUUGUAAAGGAAAACGCUUUUGAAGAAAGUGGUACUACAAAUAGACGCUUAUUUUUAGUUUUUUUUUGUUGCUAUUGUUUAUUUUUUUAUUCGGAAGUGUUACUUUGACAAGGCAGUUCAGCGAACAACAAGGUACAUCUGCACGGGCUGAAUGUUCUCUUACCUGGUUGGUUCAAUGUUCCAAAUGGAAUGAGGAAGUGUGAAUUGAUAUGUAAAAUGGGGAGAUGGGGAAACAUCAGUCGUCUGUCAUAAUCUCCUUCACAGUGGAUGGGCAGAGCGAUGACUAGUGAUUGGACCGUCCUCAAAUAAACGUCCUCAGGGAACUUGGCUGAGUCAAACAACAUAUCCUAUGGUGCUUUCAGUUGCAUCGGUCUCCACUUAACAUCCAACUAAGUGUCUAUGUUUUAAUGUAUUUUAGUUAUGGAUACUGUUUGUUCGGGGGGUUUUAUUGUCACAGAACUUCCCCUAGACAUUUUAAGCUGCUGCCUUAGUUGCUAGGAUACAAACCUUAUAUCACUAAAGACAUUUGGGAAGGAAGAAAAAUGCAAAAAGCAAUAUUUUUUUCUAAGUUGUUAAUAUGAAAAAUUCAUAAUAUCAGUGCCUGAUAUAUUGAACAAAGUAUUUUCUACCUGGUAUGUUCAUAUGCAACAUUGACUUUGCAUUAAGUAAAGGGCCAUGAGCUUGACUCUGUAAAACUGUUUACAUUUGCAAAUGUAGCAAACAAGAUAAUGAAGCAAAAUUCCUGCAAUUCAGAGUAUUUUUCUCUCAUGUGGACAGGACAAGACAGGACAGGACAGGACAGGACAGGACAGGACAGGACAAGACAGGACGAUCACGAAACAAAACAGAGGCCUUUUGUCAGAAGGUUGAAUGGGAGAUGAAAUGCAGUCAAAUGAUUUGUUCUGUUUGUUUGAAUGGCACAGAGGCACUAUCCAUUCCAUGUCUGUCUUUGUGUGCUCCUGCUCGUACACUUUGACAUGCUUUAUUGUCUAUACAGAUGCCCUGUAUUGGACUUUGUUCAUCCUGUAUGUUUUUUUUAAGAGAAGCUGAUAUACUGUAGCUUGGUUAUAAGUAUUGUUCUGUGAGCUUUACAGCUUUGAGCAUCAUAGGUUUACACAAGGCCCUCUUUUUUUUUGUAUGUCUAUUGCAUUUAUAUAAUACUUUAAUAUUUGGCUUUUAGUCGUGUUGGGACUUGAUUUGAACAUAGCAUGAAAUUCUACUUGUUCCAUGUAUAGGUGAAAAAGGUGCCUUUUGACAGAAAGAAGCCAUUGAAUAUCAACAAUGUUGAGUGUUUUGUUCAUCAAAUUAGAUGUAGUGCAACACCUCAACCUGGAUUAUGGCCUUGUAGUCCAAGCAUUUGACAUUAUGUAGAUAGAUUAAUACCAUUUGAGCGUCAAAACAAAUGUUACCACACAGCAACAUUAUCCCUAUAUUUAGCUUGUUAGUACUUUGCUAGUGGACCACCUGUUUCACCUCUAAAAUACUCCCAUUCAUGUGUUUUCUCUCUCUCUCUCUCUGUAUCUCUCUCUCUCUCUCUCUCUCUCUCUCUCUCUCUCUCUCUCUCUCUCUCUCUCUCUCUCUCUCUCACUCUCUCACUCUCUCUCUCCCUGUCUCUCUCUGUCUCUCUCUCUCUGUCUCUCUCUCUCCCUGUCUCUCUCUCUCUCUGUGUCUCUGUCUCUCUCUCUGUGUCUCUGUCUCCCUCUCUCUCUCUCUCUCUCUCUCUCUCUCUCUCUCUCUCUCUCUCUCUCUCUCUCUCUCUCUCUCUCUCUCUCUCUCUCUCUCUCUCUCUCUCUCUCUCUCUCUCUCUCUCUCUCACUCUCUCACUCUCUCACUCUCUCUCACUCUCUCACUCUCUCUCUCUCUCUCUCUCUCUCUCUCUCUCUCUCUCUCUCUCUC